CAAAGGAGAUGUGAAAGCAACCUGAUCACAUGGGGACUCCCUUUUCUCUGCUUCUCCACUUCAAGCUCGCCCAAUCUUGCUGCCUUCGGAAAUUGCUUGGCGCAGGUUUUUUCUGAGAACUAGCACUGCCAUGGCCAACUUUGAAACUGAAGAUACAGAAGAGACUGUGACCUGUCUCCGUAUUACAGUCUAUCAUCCAAGUCAAAUGGAAAAGAAUGUAUUCCAAGCCUUCCACUUUUCCCAGCCACACCAUGUGAAAGUAGAUGACCUAGUGAAGUUUGGAAGAGAUGGUCAGGUCUGCCGCUUUAACUUUGUAGAUGGACGGGUCUCACGUAUUCAGUUUGCUCUGCAGUGUUUCAGACACUUCAACAGUUCAAAGUUGGGUUUCGAGAUUAAGAAUUUGAGCAAGAAGACAAAGCUGAUGGUGGAUCUUGCUGAACUGGCUUACCUGAAUAAGGUUGAGUUGCAAGAGACAUGCAUGGUUUGCUUUGGAGAGUACCAAAUGCUAUUGGAAAAAGAAGAAGGACAGUCAGAUAAGUAUUUUGACAUCCGCUUUGAAUUAGCAAAAACACCUAUGUUGCAGCAAAAAAUCUUGUCCUGGCGGGAACCUAUACCUGAAUGUGGCUUUUCAUGUGCUGAAACUCCAGUUGAGAUAGAUGAGACAGAAGAAACAGGAAACUCCCUCCAUGAGAAAUGGACUUUAUAGUUUCAAUGUUACAAAUUCAAAUUGUUGGUUUUUUGCCCGAUGUACUAUUGGAGUUGAAUAGUAUCCUUCACAUAUGU